AUGUUUCCUUUCGGUGCCCCUCUUCCACCUGAGCUGACCACAGCCAUGUCGGAGACCAUGAAAACCACUGCUGCCAGCCAGGCUGCUGCUGACAAGGAGAGGGGAGUCCUGGCCCCAGCCCCAUAUCCAGACCACACCCCUGUUUCGAACACUAAGGCUGAGCAGCCUUCCAUGCAAGCUUUCAGGAUCGUCAUCUUUGAGCAGGAGAAUUUCCAGGGAAGGAAGAUGGAGUUCACAAACGAGUGCCUUAACCUAGGCGACCGUGGGUUUGACCGGGUGCGCAGCGUCAUUGUCAGCACUGGACCCUGGGUGGCCUUCGAGCAGUCCAACCUGCGCGGAGAGAUGUUCAUCUUGGAGCAGGGCGAGUAUCCUCACUGGGAUACCUGGUCCAGCAGCUACAGGAGCGACUGCUUCAGGUCCAUGUGUCCCAUCAAGAUGGCGGCUGAUGGCUAUAAAAUCUCCCUCUUUGAAUCUGCUGACUUCAAGGGCAACAAGAUGGAAAUCCAGGAAGAUGACGUGCCCAGCCUCUGGGCUCAUGGCUUUUGUGACCGGGUGGGAAGUGUGAAAGUGUCCAGCGGAACCUGGGUUGGAUACCAGUAUCCUGGCUACCGAGGCUACCAGUAUCUCUUUGAGAGAGGAGACUUCAGACACUGGAAUGAAUGGUCGGCCUUCCAGCCCCAGGUCCAGUCUAUCCGCCGCAUCAGGGACAUGCAGUGGGAUCGGAAAGACUGCUUCAGUGCUCCUGAUGCUCCUUUGAAGUGAGCGUGCUCCCUGCUAGCUAGCAGUCCUGGGCCACGUAGCAUCUCGACACCCCUGCUACUUUCUGUGAACAGCCCCCAUCUCGCCUCUCUCUUGCAUCCCCUUUCUCGGCACUUUCCUUGUAUAUUGCACGUUUAUUGGAUGUCCUGUACAUUGUGAUGCAAAAUCAACAAUCAAUACAAAAAAUCAGACAACUACAGCAGACUCAGAGUCUGUUCUGCGCUGGAUUGUUCUCGGGGAAAUUCCUAGCCCCUUUAACUUUCUUACCCUGUUUAAACUGCUCAAUGCUCUGAACUUCAGUGUUGGACAUUUGGGGAUGGGGGCGGUGGUUCUGCAGAUGGUCGGGGUUUGAGGGAGGGGGAGCGGUGGUUCUGCAAAUGGUUGGGGUUUGAGGGUGGG